UUAUUGUCAAUUAAAUGGAUAUCCCCUUGAAGUUAUUAAUGCUUAUGAAAUGGAAGAGAAGAAUGAUAAUUGUAAACAAAAAGAUUUUUACUUCCGCCGUCAUUGCAUGCUUGCCAAUUUUCUUUCUUCUCACUCAACGAAUAUUAAAUUUGCCUUUUUUAUGGAUGCAGAUAUUGGUGUAAUUAAUCCAAAUCAUUCACUAGAAGAAUAUUUGGAAGGAAAAAAAGAUUUUGAUCUAAUUUUUUAUGAAAGGAUAUUUAAUGGGGAAAUUAUGGCUGGAAGUUAUAUUUUAAAAAAUACUCAAUUUACUAGAGAAUUUUUGUAUUAUUGGGCUGAUUAUUAUUUUAAUGUGCCUAAUAGUUUUCAUGGAACCGAUAAUGGGGCAAUACAUUCAGUAUUUCUCGAUUUAUUUUGUGAUCAUUUAAAUGAAAAUUGUUCUGAAAAAAGACUGGUUUGUUCACAUCUCUGGAAUGUUUCUCUCGAUUUUGAUACUCUAUUGCCUUUUACUUUAUGUGCCAAAUAUAUACUUGGAGCUAGAAAUGUAUUUACUAAUUCAAUUUCUGAAACAAAAUUAAAUAGUACAGGAAAGGUGCUUCUAAUGACUGAUUUUAGGCAAUAUUGGGCAAGAGGUUAGAGAUUUUGUGAUAUUUCCUUCUAUAAAAUACUUAUCUCCUCUUGAUUAAUUGCUCCCUCUAGUGGAUGCUGUACCUAAAUUAUCCAGAGUAAUAAUUUGAGCAUAUGCUGAAUAAAUUUAGGUAAGGUGUUGAAAGAUUUUAAAUAUAUGGAGUUGGGUACUUGUCUGUUAUCUCCUCCCAUUUUCCUUUUAUCUUAAUUUGAUAGGAUAUAACUUUUUUAUGCUUAAUCAAAUCCGAAUGAAUAUUAUAUAAUACGAAAGCUCUCAAUGAGCGCUAUCUUUUUCCCAAGGAUGGAAGAAAAAUGGGGAGAUGGGGUUUCCCAAGGAUGGAAGAAAAAUGGGGAGAGAUAACAGACAAGUACUGGAAGGUGAUUGAUGUUGUGUGUCUUGUCUGUUAUCUCCAGGGUAAUAAUAUAAAGGAUAAUGGGAUAUAAAAAAUAAUGGAGUUUGUUUUGCCUUAAUUAUGUCUGGCAUUAUCGGAGGGCCUAUUGAGUUCAAGUAAGGAAAGUG